UUGCUAAUGGAAGGUCUCUGCCUUUUUGAGUGAGUGUUUGUGCAGGUGCAGGUGCCGCAGGCCUGUGGCAUGUUGCAUUUUGCAAGUUGAGAAGCUUAUUUGUGGAAAGCUCAGAGUCAGGGAUCCCAGUAUGAGCUGAAGGAUAGUCCUGGUGUCCAUCCUGCCAGCUUCGCAGCACACACAUCUCCGGCCUUCUAUCCAUACGGCCAGUUCCAGUACGGGGACCCUGCCAGGCCCAAGAACGCCACCCGGGAGAGCACCAGCACCCUGAAAGCCUGGCUCAAUGAGCACAGGAAGAACCCGUAUCCGACCAAGGGGGAGAAGAUCAUGCUGGCCAUCAUCACCAAGAUGACGCUGACGCAGGUCUCCACCUGGUUCGCCAACGCCAGGAGGAGGCUCAAGAAGGAGAACAAGGUGACCUGGGGAAGCAGGAGCAAAGAGGACGGCGAGGACGGUAACUUGUUCGGCAGUGGAGACGAGGCCGAGAAAAACGAAGACGAGGAGGAGAUUGAUUUGGAGAGCAUAGACAUAGACAAAAUCGACGACAACGACGGGGAUCAAAGCAACGAGGACGAUGACGAUAAAUCAACGGAGGGGAGCAGGGACCACAGGGGCGGUGUCGGUGCAGGUGGAGAGUUGGACAGCUUGGAGAGGAGACGGGCCUUCGCCCUGCAGGCCCAUGAGGCCUUUGACAAAUCUAAGAGCACAAUUUCAGUUCACCCAGGGAGUAAGGAGAACUCGGACGGCAACAACAACACCAGAGUUUUGUCCCCGGAUAGACCCGGGAGCUUUCCUCUCCCGUCUAACAAUAAGCCUAAAAUAUGGUCUUUGGCAGAGACCGCCACUAGUCCCGAUAGUUCAUCUCAGAAACCCACGUCUCCUUGUGCCCCAGCGGCCACCACUCACUCAUCAGCGCCCCACCACCAGAUUCAGACCCACCCGGCCUUCCUCCCCAGUCAUGGACUGUACACUUGCCAGAUUGGAAAGUUCCACAACUGGACAAACGGGGCUUUCCUGGGCCAGAACUCCCUGCUGAAUGUGAGGUCGUUUCUGGGAGUAAACCAGCACCAUCACCACCACCACCACAACCACCACUUGCCGGCCCAGCAGCAGCAGCAGCAGCAGCCGACUUCAGUGGUGGUGUCGCCGGUAGCAGCUGCAGCAGCACUCAGCAAUGAAAGCAAGGCCCCGCCAGAGACACACAGUCCCAAGCACAUAGACCAUGAAAACGGUGUAAGGUCUGAUUCACCUCCAACACAGACCCUGAAGUCUUCCUUUCGACCCAUCCAUGACAGAUCCUCUCUGCCUUCCAGCGCCAGGAGUCCACAAGACGCCACGCAACGGGUCCUCACUGCUCUCUCCUCGGCUUGAUCAAGACUUUUAUUUUUUCGUGCUUGAAAAAAAAAGAAAAGAAAAAUAGAAAAAAGACUUUUCACUCCCUAAAAAGGACAAUGACGAAUAAUAAUGCAGCGUAGCAUUCAGUCGGUACAGAACAAAUGGCGUAAUUUGGUAAUAUCCUGUGGAUGGAUGGAUUACUUCCUCUAUUGUUGUGUAGCCUAUAAUCGCGCCUAUAAUGUUACUCUCUCUCUCCACUUUGCCCAGGCAGGCUGGGACAUUUUGGUAGGCUUUUUACUUUGUUAUUAUUAUUAUUAUUAUUAUUAUUAUUAAUAUUAUUAUUAUUAUUUUUGUCUCUAUCUUGUGUUUUUGGUGUCCUUUCUUUAAUGUAAAUACCAAGUGAUUUAAAUUUGUAAAUAGGAAGCGUUGAAGGAAUUUGUCCAGAUCGUAUAUUUUGCCUAAUAAACUAAAUGAAAUUAUAGAGAAAACCCAA